CUUCUAGUGCAGAGACAGCAAACACUGAGACUUGCUCUGCCAACGCAGCCUUCAAAUGUUGUCUCUGUUGUAACGCAAGCUGGUGAUGCAGCCGGGUGCAAGGAGCAGGAAUCACUCGCCUCAGGCUUUUAGCAGCAUCACAAGGGGCCCACUCCCCAGAUGCUGACUUCACAACUGCCCGCUAGCAGCAUCUGGGGGAAUCCCACAGAGCUCAGUGGAGGCAGAGGCAGGGUGGGGACUCGGGGGCAAUCCUGUCCGCUCUGCCUGGGGCUGCGCAGAGCUCAGCGGAGACAGAGGCAGGGUGGGGACUCGGGGGCAAUCCUGUCCGCUCUGCCUGGGGCUGCGCAGAGCUCAAUGGAGACAGAGGCAAGGUGGGGACUCGGGGGCAAUCCUGUCCGUUCUGUCUGGGGCUGCGCAGAGCUCAAUGGAGGCAGAGGCAGGGUGGGGACUCGGGGGCAAUCCUGUCCGCUCUGCCUGGGGCUGCGCAGAGCUCAGUGGAGGCAGAGGCAGGGUGGGGACUCGGGGGCAAUCCUGUCCGCUCUGCCUGGGGCUGCGCAGAGCUCAAUGGAGACAGAGGCAGGGUGGGGACUUGGGGGGCAAUCCUGUCCGCUCUGCCUGGGGCUGCGCAGAGCUCAGCGGAGACAGAGGCAGGGUGGGGACUCGGGGGGCAAUCCUGUCCGCGCUGCCUGGGGCUGCGCAGAGCUCAAUGGAGGCAGAGGCAGGUGGGGACUCGGGGGGCAAUCCUGUCCGCUCUGCCUGGGGCUGCGCAGAGCUCAGUGGAGGCAGAGGCAGGGUGGGGACUCGGGGGCAAUCCUGUCCGCUCUGCCUGGGGCUGCGCAGAGCUCAGUGGAGGCAGAGGCAGGGUGGGGACUCGGGGGCAAUCCUGUCCGCUCUGCCUGGGGCUGCGCAGAGCUCAAGGAUUGGACUAGCCCCAGCCAGGCUCUGUCACACCAGCAGGGGCUUUAUGACUUACAGCUGCACCACUGGCCUGAAAGGGGGGCUGGGGGGGGCUGCCUUGCGGCUCAGCCCCCGCCCCCACCCAGGCCAGCCUGCAGCAGCAGCAAGAAGUGAGGAAGGGGAAGCCCACAACUGGGGGUUGGGGGGGAAUGGAACAGCCUCCCGAACUUCACCCCGGGCACCCCGAGUGACCUCUGACCUUGGAAUGACCCCCUGGCCCCAGCAGGUCUGUGACCUAGGGAGCUCUAAGAUGACCUCUGACCCCGGAGGGGGGGCUUUCC